AAGGAAGAAAUAUUUAAAAAAGAAGAAAUGGAAUGUAGAAUAUGCAGUUAGCGUGAAAAUGGGCCAACAAUCCCCAUCAACUCAAUCUAAAUAAACUCCAUUUUAGGGGAACAAUUUGUCUACCUCUCCGCCGCCGUUCUUUGCCUCAGUUCCCUUCGCCGCCGCCGCUGCUCUGUUAUAUCGAAAAAGGAGGCAAUGAGUUCGAGUGGUGUUGAUGGAAAAGUUGUGCGCAAAAAAUUGAAUAAAGUAGUGCUGGCCUAUAGUGGCGGUUUAGAUACUUCUGUUAUUGUACCGUGGCUUCGGGAGAACUAUGGAUGCGAGGUUGUUUGCUUCACUGCAGAUGUUGGUCAAGGCGUACAAGAAUUGGAAGGUUUGGAAGAAAAGGCGAAGGCUAGUGGAGCAUGUCAAUUAGUGGUAAAAGAUCUCAAGGAGGAAUUUGUCAGAGAUUUUAUAUUUCCGUGUUUGCGUGCUGGUGCUAUUUAUGAGCGCAAGUACUUGCUCGGGACAUCCAUGGCUCGUCCUGUUAUUGCAAAGGCGAUGGUUGAUGUUGCGAAAGAGGUUGGAGCUGAUGCAGUUUCACACGGAUGUACUGGGAAAGGAAAUGAUCAGGUCCGUUUUGAGCUCACCUUUUUCGCUCUGAAUCCUGAACUAAGUGUUGUUGUGCCUUGGAGAGAAUGGGAAAUAACCGGAAGAGAAGAUGCAAUUGAAUAUGCUAUAAAGCAUAACGUGCCUGUUCCCGUCACCAAGAAAUCCAUCUAUAGCAGAGAUAGGAAUCUGUGGCAUCUCAGUCACGAGGGGGACAUCUUGGAGGACCCAGCAGUUGAACCAAAUGAGGACAUGUACAUGAUGAGUGUUUCCCCUGAAAACGCACCCGAUCAACCCGAGUACCUGAAAAUCGGUAUAGUUUCGGGUCUGCCAGUUUCAAUAAACGGAAAGGAAUAUUCUCCAGCAUCUCUACUCUCCGAGCUUAACGAGAUUGGAGGGAGGCACGGUAUUGGCAGAGUGGACAUGGUCGAAAAUCGGCUCGUCGGAAUGAAGAGCCGCGGUGUGUACGAAACACCAGGUGGCACCAUCAUAUUCACUGCUGCACGUGAGCUCGAGUCUCUGACACUUGAUCGUGAAACCAUACAGAUUAAGGAUUCUCUUGCUCUCAAAUACGCCGAGUUAGUGUACGCUGGCCGUUGGUUCGAUCCGCUUCGGGAGUCGAUGGAUGCAUUUAUGAAGGAAAUAACGAAAACUACAACUGGAACGGUGACGCUCAAACUCUACAAAGGGACUGUGAGUGUAACAGGUAGGGAAAGUCCCAACAGUCUAUAUCGGCAAGACAUUUCCUCUUUCGAAAGUGGUGAUAUCUAUAAUCAAGCAGAUGCUGCUGGUUUUAUCCGCCUCUAUGGAUUGCCGAUGCGCGUCCGUGCUAUGCUUGACAAAGGCCUCUGAGAUUUUGUUACUCGUCAUUUUUAUUCUAUUCUAAGAUUUUGUUUUGAACUUCAAUACUUUUCUUUCGUUUCCCGUGGGUUGAACCUUUUUCAAGGAAAUAUAGAAUAAUGGGAACAUUUAAAUAAGUUUGAUUCUUAAUUGGAUCAUAAAA